GGGGGGGAGAUACCCAGAGCUGGCAGGUCGGAGGUGGUAACUCGUGUACGUUUGUGGCUCCACAGGUGACGAGGACUUUGACUGGACACCACCCACAGAGGCUGAGAUGAAGGUGCUGGAAGCCCGGCGCGAACGUCAGGACAAGAUCAGCAAACUGAUGGGGGAUUACCUUCUGAAGGGAUACCGGAUGUUGGCAGACUCCUGCGUAGAGUGCGGGACAGUCCUUCUGCAGGAUAAGAAGCAGAAAGACUACUGCGUGGCCUGUCAGGAGCUGAAUUCCGAUGUGGACAAAGACAACCCAGCCUUGAACCCGCAGGCGGCUCUGACCCUGGUGAGGGAGAGGCAGCGCCUGUACAACGGAGAACCCGAGCACCCGUUCAGCCUCUGCCCGCAGGACCUGUCGCUGGGCACGGCCGGGGUGCCUCCGCCCGCCGCCCGCUCCCACCCGCUCCCCUCGCCUCACCUGCCCGAAGAAGCGGCGGCGGCCUCCUGGCCCACCCCGGCGCUGGCCGGCACCCAGGGGCAGGCGGAGCGGGCCGUGAUGCGCAAGAUGGCCUGGGCCAGCGGGGAACUGGAGCGGGCGGCCUCCGUCGAGUACAGCGCCCAGCUCUGCGGCCUCAUCAGGAGCUGCGCAGAGUCGCUGCACAGCCUGAAGCGGCUGCCGUAGUGGGUCCUCCCGGGCUGCGGGGGGCACUGCGGUGAGACACGGCCAUACUCUGACCUCGCCCAUACUUGACAUCUCGCCCACCCUUGACCACAUGCCCGUACGUUACCUCAUGGCUUGACUGUACGCCAAUCCCUUGAACUUAAGCGCUUCCUUUGGCUUGUUGCCCAUCCCUUGACGUCACGCCCAUCCUUGACCAUACGCCCAUCCCUUGACCGUACGCCGACCCUUGACGUCACGCCCUUGCGGUAUCCCCUCGACCCCAGGGGCGCGUGGUGGGCUUGUGUAGAUGGAGCUUCGUUUAAACUCAUGUUGCGUUUGACGGGACGGUGGAGAGGCGGCAUUUGCUCUCCAGAAAUCGGGGGGGGGGGGGGCAGGUCUUCUAUCGAUUGGGGCACACAACUUAAUCGUGACCAGACUGUGACGAAUAUAGGCGGGAAACCGGAGUAUGCCCCUGGUAUCCCGAGUGUUGAACAAACGCAAAUGCUUUCCGGCUAUUACGUUUCCCCCACUCCUUGGAGACCCGACCUUAAAAUGUGACUCUCAGUUUUGCAUUCUGAUAUAAGUUAAUAAACAUAUUGUUAAUUUGCUGUU